AUGUCGACGACAGCAACUAGACAUGUUAAAUCAUCCAACUCCGCUAACAUACUGAUGUGCAAACAAUGGUGGAAGGUAUGUUGGAUGUAUGGCGACCAAGAAAAAUACUACAGACAACUUUAUGGAAGAAGAAAAGUUAACAAUCCGACCACGUUUUUCGACAACCCUGAUACAAAACGACAAGGGGCGCAAAUAACUGAAUUAACAGAUGACUUCUUCGAAGACAACAUCUCCAACAAAAUUGAACCAGCGCCAGACGAGAAAGGAAAUAAUCCUAAAGAAUGGUUCGGAGCUGAAUCGGAACCUAUAUAUGGUUUCAACAAAACAUGGCACAAAGACCAAAGACGACAACCAAUACAAAACUACGAAGGUAUCAACGAGAUCUUCUCUUCUAACCUCAAUAGUGAUAGUAUAAAACACAUACUAAACAGUUUACCUCCUGAUGAAAGCGAAGUAAUAGACUCUAAUGAAGUGCUUCAUAAAAACGGAGAUGUUUUUGGUAAAUCCUCAAAAAUGGUGUGUAAGACUAAAAGAGGUGCUUUGGUUACCGAAGAGUCUGAGAUCACAAGUGAUGGGAAGAGCAUGGCUAAUCUUAAGUUUCAGAGGUCGUCGGUGAAAACGAGACCGAAUAAAGUGAAGGAAGUGUUACAGUCAGUGCAGGAGGAUGCAGUGUUAGACAAGUGCUUUAGGAAGAAGUGUGUUGGUGAUAAGUUGACGACGAAGACUACGACUUUGGUGACCGUCUCCCAGACUAUGGUGACUAGCUGCAAUGAACCAGUGUGCCGGAACUGCGUGGUAUCACCAACCGGCUCGUCCCCCCCACCACUGCACGAGAAGCCCACGUCGCCACCACCACCAGCGCCCGCUUCACCCCUACCGCACCUCCCGUCGCCGCAACCCAGCCACAGCGGCUCAUCGAUACCCAGCACUUCAAACUCCCCCCAUCCCUACUCCUACCCAAACUUCAGGAGAAGCCAACCAUACCAAGAACCAUACAACUUGCUCCAUAGUCAUAGCGUAUCCCAACUGAACCAGCCGGGCCAGCCUGGUUUACCCAAUCCACCUUUACCUGGCCAAAGUUACCACUCGCCUCAGUCACCACAGUCAGCGAUGUCGCUGUCUCCGCACCCAGUUCCUCAGGGCAAGUUGAGAGGGCUGCUGGAACACGCGGAGAGGCUGAUGAAGCCGGGGGACCCUCACCGGCAUUCGCAGAGUGAUGAUGACUCAGGGUGCGCGUUGGAGGAGUAUACUUGGGUUCCACCAGGAUUGAGGCCUGAACAGGUGCACCUGUAUUUCUCCGCGCUGCCCGAGGACAAGGUGCCGUACGUCAACAGCAUCGGCGAGCGCUACCGGCUCAAGCAGCUGCUCCAACAGCUGCCUCCACAGGAUAAUGAGGUGCGCUACUGCCACGCGCUGUCGGACGAGGAGCGCAAGGAGUUGCGGUUGUUCAGUGCGCAGCGCAAACGGGAGGCUCUGGGCCGCGGCCAGGCGCGCCAGCUGCACGCCUCGGCACCCUGCGACCGGUGUGAGGAGUCGAUGUCCGCGGGCGACAUGUGCGUGUCUGCGGCUCGGGCGGGCCCGUCGGUGCGCUGGCACCCCGCCUGCUUCGCGUGCAGCACGUGCCAGGAGCUGCUGGUGGACCUGGUGUACUUCUGGAAAGACGGCCGCCUCUACUGCGGCAGGCAUCACGCCGAGAACUUGAAGCCGCGCUGCUCUGCGUGUGACGAGAUUAUCCUGGCCGACGAGUGCACGGAGGCAGAAGGCAGGGCGUGGCACAUGAAGCACUUCGCGUGCGCCGAGUGCUCGAAGCAACUCGGUGGGCAGCGCUACAUCAUGAGGGAAGCGCGGCCGUACUGCCUGCCCUGCUUCGACAACUGCUUUGCGGAGUACUGCGACGCGUGCGGCGAGCCCAUAGGCGUCGACCAGGGCCAGAUGUCUCACGAGGGCCAGCACUGGCAUGCCACGGAGCGCUGCUUCGCCUGCCACACGUGCCGAGCCAGCUUGCUCGGUCGCCCGUUCUUACCUCGCAAGGGAGCCAUAUUCUGCUCAAUAGCGUGCUCAAAAGGUGAGCCUCCCACGCCGUCAGACUCGUCUGGCCCCGGGCCUAGGCCGCCUCGAAUGCCUCGACCGAGAAGGAUGCCCUCACCGAAAUCUCCGUCGAGGUCACCGCAAAGAGAACCAUCUCCUCACAAUAUAGAUGCAGAUUCGGAACCGAGCGGUUCUAUGGCCUUGGAAACCCCUCCGCCACACCCACCGUUGCCCCACGCUUGCCUCAGUUUAGACAGAGCAUUAGCAGACCUAAGGUUAGAACAAUCUAUGACGGAACACCAGUUACAACCGACUCCCACUUCGGAAGAACCAAAUGACGUUCCCGAUUCAAACUGGAAGCCACCACAUCCCGUGGAAGCGCAAACCGUGGUCACUCCAGGUCAUUCGACGUCAAUGCCUGAACUCACUCUCGUGGAUGGCAAAGCUAGGAAACCUAGAGGAGGCCGGACGGUCAGGUUUUGUGGAGACGACAACGAGGCAUUCGAGCCGGACGAGCCGGUCAAACGGGAGAAGGUCAGAGAUGAUGACGCAAAUAGCUACUGCAGUACCUGUUCCUCAUCUUCUUCGUCGACGGAGUCUUACACCUUGCCCACUAGAAGAGCGUACGGUGGAGUUAGGAUAUCCUACGUCCCAAACGACGCGGUUGCCUGUGCGAAACGAGAACGACAGAGGAAGAAUGCCCAAAACGACAAGAACUGUAUAAUUUCGUGAUCCUGGCUCCUCUUAGUGCCGCCUCCCUCCUAGUGACACCAACCUCCGAGCGAAAGACUGACUUUUUGAUAAUUUUGAUAGAUAUUGUAGCCCCUACACGCCAUAGUAUUAUAAAUAGCAUUCUGUAAGAAAACUGUCUUCCUUGGAAAAGGGGUGUAAAUGACAAAAUAUAAUGUAUAAGCAGAUGGCAUACGCAGGCGCGCGUCGCUAAUAAUGUUUUGACACACACGCGGACAUUAUGCCGUCAGUAUAAAAGGCAAUAUUAAAGGAUUUCGAACAAAUUUAUCUCUUUCUAUAAUUAUUGUAAACUUAAUCCGUCAAUGAAUGCCAUUGCAUUCAACGGGGUACACCUUUUCUAUUGACGGAAAUAGAAAAGGGUUUAAGAGUAUUUUUUGCAAACAUUAAAUAUUUUGCAAAGGAUUUUAGAACGACCUCGGUGGUCGAAAAAUCAGCUUUAAAUUACCGAAAAAUUACAUGUUUAAUGCUCGCUAAAUUCAUUUACAUAUCUAUUGUAAGCUUCUGUAAUACGUAUAUACUCAUAUCGUGUUUGAAAAACGUUAAAUUUAGGACAUAUCCCACUUUGCCACUUAGCUGUAAGGAUUUGUAAUUAAUAAAUAAGAGAAAAUUAUAAAAUGUAAAGACUCAGUACAAAGCUGCCUUGUAUUAUUUUGUAAUACAUUUUUGUAUUUCACGAAUGUGUGUUCAAAUUUGUAAAUACGUCGUAGAUAUUAAUUUUAGUAUUAAGAAUGCCUUAAGCUCACAUUUUAUCAGAAUGUAUGGCUCGGGCACUUGCCAGAGUAUUCCAUAAUUGAUAACCGACUACUAAUUUACCAGAACACAAAAAUAUGACAAUACAUAAAAAACUUUACAUCGUAUAACAACAUUACUUGUACGAUAUAGGAUUUACGGAAC